AGUCUUCGCUGGACUCAGAAAAGUCAACCUGUCUCCUACAUAUAAAGAAGCUCUUAUGCCAGUGAAAACUUGCGGCUACUUCACAUUCCACACCAUAUUCAAGAAGAAAAGCGGCAGCCAGAGAUCGGUCCAGGGGCGGCGGUGAAAGAGAAAACAGCAAUGGAGAGCAGAGAAAGCGAAAUGUACUUCGUCUUCAUGAACUACGAUCCCGAGUACGAGCGCCUUUGCGCCGACAGAAGCAAGCGAGGAGCGUUUGAGCUGGACUCGUAUCUGAGCACCAAGCACGACGGGUUAUUGGCGGCCACUCUCGAGCCGGGGACUUACAAGAAGACCUUCUCUCUCGUCAUCGUUGACGGGUUCGCCGUGGAGAUCUCCGAGGAACAGGCGAAUGCGCUUAGAUCUGCCAAGGGAGUGAGGGUGGUGGAGAAGAAUCAAGAGCUUGCUUGAGAGGCUCUCUCUCUCU